UUGGUUGGAUCAAGAAGCCUACUUCAAAUGGUUUGAAUGUGAAUAGUGUAAUCGUUUUCUUGACCUGUCAUAUAUUAUCCACGAUCAUCUGUAUUUUCUAGAUUAAAAAUGAACUUUAAGGAAGCAUCCGCGAAAUUAUUUAAUGAGAACCGAAAAGUUUCACUUUUUGCUGCAGGCACAGCUGUUGCGGUACUUGGUCUCACGUUUGGAUAUAAAUAUAUACGUAGAGAGAAGAAGUUAACUAAAGUUGGAGUUGUGUCACAGUUGUUGGUUCAUCCGCUGAAGUCUGGCAAAGCUGUGUCAUUGGAGACAGCUGAAUGUUUACGAAUGGGGCUGAAAUGUGGCGAACUGCAGGAUCGUCACUGGCUGGUCAUAACGGAGGAUGGACAUAUGGUGACAGCCAGACAACAGCCCCGUCUGGUAUUGGUAUCUUUGACCUGUCAGGGUGGGCAACUGUGUCUCGGUGGACCCCAGAUGGAGGAGUUAAGAGUUCCUCUUCAGCAGCCUAACAAUAAAGUUGUGGACUGCAGAGUGUUUAGUUUGGAUGUCCAGGGGAGAGACUGUGGGGAUGGCGUGUCUGAAUGGCUUACUCGAUACCUGGCAUCAGACAAGACUGUUCGUCUAGUUCAUUAUGAACCCCAUCUUAAGCCCCAAAGGCCUUCGGUGAAAGAACCACUUUUUCCUGAGGAUGAAGAGGUGGCUUAUCCUGAUGCAGCUCCCAUCAUGCUGAUGUCAGAGGCUUCGGUUAGAGACCUAAAUAGCAGGUUGGAUCAUGAAGUCACAGUCUCUCAGUUUCGUCCCAGUAUUGUGGUCAAUGACUGUGAGGCCUUUACUGAGGACAUGUGGGAUCAUAUUCAGAUUGGCCAAGUAGAGAUGAAGAGAGUGAUUGGAUGUGGAAGAUGCAUUUUAACCACUGUUGACCCUGAGACUGGAGUCAUCAGUCGUAAAGAACCCCUCAACACUCUCAAAACCUAUCGACUGACUGAUCCUAAGCAGAAAACCUCACCAAUACUGGGACAGUAUUACACAGUCAAGAAAACAGGCGUCCUUCAUGUGGGGGAACCUGUUUAUAAGAUAACCUAUUGAAAUGGACUGAACAGGACAUGCCAACGAAUGUGGUGACGAAUUUACAAGCAAUAACAGUACACACAGACUUAAUCAGUGGUCUUUGUCUUCAUUUUUAUUCAAGAAUUAAUAUAGAAUCAAGAUGACUUUGUAAAGUGUUAUAAAUUGCUGUAGAUCACUGGGGUACCAUUGCAUCUUACAAAUGUCUGUGUUUUAUAUUCCACAUUAAUGAACUGAUUAUCUGUGAAAAGCAAGAUGAAAUAUUUUUUUGUAUUAAGUAUUUUGUGUACCUCACAACAAUAAUAGAUGCUUCUAAUACAAAUUGUAACUAUUUUCUAUGAUUAUACCAAGUAUUGCAUAUUUGUCCAAAAUGUAGUUUCUUGUUAAAACUGAAACCCACAAUAUUAUUUCAAUACAGUCUUGGUCUAUAGUAUUGCUUGUGAUUUGUUUGAUUUGAGCAAAUUAGAGUCCCAGGAUUAGGAGUGAGAUGAUGAUUUAAGGCUAAAAUACACUACAACACUUGCUCAGAUUUUUCCCAUGCAGAUUUUCCGUCUUGACUUGUUGCAGAAAGUCAGUGCCAGUUUGCAGAUUUGAUCAGUUAAUGUGCUUCUAUCUGAAACUUUCAAAUAAUCUGCAAGUAUAAAAUGUCUAGUUUAUCUGUAAAUCUGAAUGUCAAAGUCUUGUAUUGUAUUUCAGCCAUUAAGCAUACCAACAUGUGAAACACCUCAGAACUGAAACAUGUUGCUACAUCGCACAACAUGUUUGAAAGACAAUAGGUUGCAAAUGAGAACUACAGUAAAACCAGAAUGGCAAUAACUGCAAAAAACAGCAUCUGGUAGAAUCCUUUUUUUUUAAAGCUUGUUUAAGCUUGUUUUGUUGCUAAAUCAUUGCAAACUAAGUUAAAUCGGAAUUUGUUUAGUCCAUAAUAUUGUAUAUUUACAAUACACUUGCAUGCACAAGCACACACAGCCAUUUAUUUGUUUUUAUUAAUGCUCUUGAUUGUGUUUAUCCAAAGAUCUUUUAACCAAUGGAAUAUCCUUGGCAUAUAUAGACUUGACUAUGAAAAGCUACAAUCUUCUUGAGGUCCAGUAGAUGGUGCCCUUUCAAUAGUUUCAAUGCUUUUCUAUGAUAGUAAACAAUUGAAAUGACUUCAUAUGAACACAAAUAAAUAACAUUUUUGUUGUAUGACAUUUA